GUGUAGCAUUGUGUAGUUUUGUGUGUGCAGUUGGUCAUUAGCGGAUGUUCCAAACAUGGCCAGCAUGGCGGUCCAGCUGCUGGGCUUCUUCCUGGGUCUGCUGGGGCUGGUGGGUAGUGUAGUUGCUACAGUGCUCCCCCACUGGUGGCGGACGGCCUAUGUGGGCUCUAACAUAAUCACAGCCACUGCCUACAUGAAGGGGCUCUGGAUGGAGUGUGUGUGGCACAGCACGGGCAUCUACCAGUGUGAAGUACAUCGCUCAAUGCUGGCUCUGCCACCUGACCUGCAGGCGGCACGGGCGUUGAUGUUGCUGUCCUGCCUGACCUCCACCCUGGCAGCCCUCGUGUCCUCUGCAGGGAUGAAGUGUACCCGCUGUGCCCGCGGCUCAUCCAUCAAGCAUGUCCUGGCCAUCAGUGGAGGGGUCUGCUUCCUGUCUGCAGGCAUGCUCUGCCUAAUCACUGUCUGCUGGACAACCAAUGAUGUCAUCCUCGACUUCUACAACCCCGUCCUACCUGAAGGUAUGAAGUAUGAGCUUGGCAUGGCGGUGUAUUUGGGCUAUGUCUCGGCCUGUCUUAGUCUGAUGGGAGGGGUGGUGCUCUGUUGGAACUGUGAGGGGCGGCCCAGGAACCCCCUACAUCUACCUCAUCAUCGCCACCCUUGUCCUCCCCUCGUCUUCAACACUAUAAACACCCCCAACACCCCAGCACCCCCUUACUAUCCCCCUGCCGCCCUGAAAGGGAACUACGCCCCCUCAUGCACCUCACUGUCCAGCAAUGGCUACAGACUCAAUGACUACGUCUGAGAGAUAGAGUACACACUCAAUGAAUGCUCCUAGUGUGGAAGUGCAAACACAAAUGAUUAUGUCUGAGUGUGGCAGAUAAUAGAAACUGAUUGAGGGAAGUUUAAACUCAAUGACUACAAAAAACAGACUUGAGUUACUUUUAAG